CGGCGCGCGGUCGACGUAUGCUCGCAAUAUAGAGAGUUGUCAUCUAUAUAGGAUGAAGAGUAAUUUUUAGUGUUGUUCUUGUUAUAUUAAUGUCUCUGAUUAAAAAUUAAUAUAACAAAUAAAUUUUAGUAUUUUAUGUGUUUUUUUUUGUUUUACAUUCUAUUUUUUUUAAUUUUAAUUAAAUUAGUAUAGAAUAUAACAGUUAUUUUGUAUAAAAAGAAAAAUAAUAAAAAUUGUUUUUCGUUUUAAAUAAUCAUUUUUUUUUUGUUAAUGGAUUAAAAUACCAGCGUUUCUAUUGCACAUUUGGAAGCUAUUCAAUAUAUAAGGAAUUUAUAAGUGUAAAACAAUUUUGAUCUACCGUGAAUAUAAAGAAGCGCAACAAUAAAAACAAAAAAACAGAAUAAAGGAAAACAUUAUUGUUAACACCAACACUAUCACUUGCUUGCAUGAGAGUAACGUCAUCUAUGUACAAAAUAUAAUAAACAAUAUAAAAUGAAACAUAGGCAAUCACGUAAAUCACGUCAUAAUAAUACUAGACAUCGUGGUCCAAAACAUUUAAUUCAUGACAUUUCUGAAUCAUAUUAUGAUGGCAUUGAUAGUGAUAUUUAUGGUGACAUCUAUGGUUCAAAAUUAUCUGCUGAAGAAAGAUGUUAUAUUGAUCCAUGGGAUUUAGAAAAUUAUGAUUAUGUUCGGAAAAAAUUAAGUGCAUCAUCAAUUGAUGAAAGAUCAACAUCAGGUGGUGUUGAUUGUCUAACAAUAACGACAACAUCACCAGCUGGUGAACCAUCUACAGUAUCAUCACAAUUUUUCUAUUUACCAAAUAAUAAUUCAACACCUGAUUGUAUGGCAUGUUUGGCCGGUAUGGAUGAACAUUCAUUUUACAAUAAUACAACAAAAUAUGAAACAAUUUACGAUGAUGAUAUGAUUUACUCAGAUUUUGAUAAUAUUUAUACAACUGAAAUUCCAAAUCAAUCUGAAUUUUCAUCAUUGUCUUCAAUAAACUCAUCAUCAGCAGCUGAAAUUAAUGAAGAAGAAAAUUCAUCAGUAAUGUUAUCAACAUCAUUGAAAUUGCAUACACCAGGUUUUGGUGUUGCUGCAUCUGGUCGAAGAAAAUUAACAUUACCAAAACCGGUGCCUCAUUUAGAAUUUCCGGCACCACCACCGUAUGAUUAUUGUAUUCCAUAUGGUGAUGUUUUAAUACCAAAUUAUGCUUUUGAUUGUUAUGAAUGCAUGUCAAAUAUACCAAUUUAUGGAAGAAUAACAACAACACCACCAACACUAUCCCCUCAACCAACAGAAUUAUUAUAUAGUGGUAGUACAGGUAGCAGUGGUGAUACAGGUUGUGCAAAUUACAGUUCAUUUGAUUCAACAAUGUCACAACCAUCAUCUCUAUACAGUACAUAUUCGAAUCGUUUUGAAAUUAGUAAAAAGGGCCUUCUACAAAUAGAUUAUUCAUGCAAUUGGAAUGACUUAGAUAGGCUGAUUGGAAAGGAUAUAUAAAAUUAUUGGAUUGUUUAUUAUAUGUGCAAAUACACAUACAUACACACAUGCAUUUCAUUUAUACAAAAUAUUAUGUGAAAAACGAAAAUGUAAAUAUACGUACAUUAUGCAUGUGUGUAUGUAUGAAAAAUUACUGCCUAUAAAUAUUUUUUGUUCUAAAUAAUAAUAAUAAAAAAAAAUUAAAUAAAACUACAGAUAAUAUCGAUUAGAUGAAAAUUGGAAUUUU